AAAACAACGGAACCAGCUAAACCGGAUGUAGAAUUAAUGAUAACAGACAUGGAAAAGAAUUUUUGUUUUAAAUUCAUAGGUUUGUAGAAUUGAUUGCGGAGCAGAUGGCCCAUAACCCGCCAUUAGAUUCGGGUAUUCUCCGAAGAAACCCCCAGGAUGAUUUUGAGCUUAUUCAGCGGGUCGGGAGUGGCACCUAUGGAGAUGUUUACAAGGCAAGAAAUUUCAGUACUGGGGAGAUGGCGGCCAUCAAAGUUAUUAAACUGGAGCCAGGAGAUGACUUUGCAAUCAUACAGCAGGAAAUCGUCAUGAUGAAGGACUGCAAACAUCCGAAUAUUGUAGCUUAUUUUGGAAGCUACUUGAGAAGAGAUAAAUUAUGGAUUGCUAUGGAGUACUGUGGAGGUGGCUCAAUGCAGGACAUUUACCACAUAACGGGGCCUUUGGCAGAGCCACAGAUUGCUUUUAUUUGUCGAGAAACAUUAAAAGGUUUAAUGUAUCUACACAACAGAGGGAAAAUGCAUCGUGACAUUAAGGGUGCUAAUAUUUUGUUAACAGAUGAAGGGGACAUAAAAUUAGCUGACUUUGGUGUUUCUGCACAAAUAACUCAAACUAUGUGCAAGAGGAAAUCAUUUAUUGGGACCCCAUACUG